AUGUUGCUCCUACGAGUUGCGUUGAUUGUAUUCACCUUGGGUUUCACCAAAGCAGCUUCUUCAAGUGAAUGUUGUUCUAUAAUAAAAUCCAAUAUCACGGCUGCACCGAAUAGUAAAGCUUAUAAUGCCACCAUUUACGGCUUUUGGUCUGGCCAAGCACGCGAUGAUAAACCAACCUGUGUUGUACAUCCAACUACUAGAGAACAUGUGGCUGCAGUGGUGAGAACUCUUACUCGAUGGCAGUGUCAAUUCUCAGUGAAGGGAGACGGUCAUACACCAUUUGCUGGAGCGGCAUCAACCAAUGAUGGAGUCACUAUUGAUCUGGCUAAGCUUAAUACCAUAUCGGUGGAUAAAAAUUGCAGGAUUGAAGUGGGGACAAAUUUAUGAGUAUCUGGAAACUGAGGGUAUGAUGGUCUCUGGUGGUAGAGCAUCUCUGGUUGGAAUCGGCGGUUUGGUUGUUGGAGGUGGUUACUCAUGGUUUGCGCCCCAAAAAGGUUUCGUGGCGGAUACUGUUGUUAUCAACUUCGAGCUUGUGGUUGGAAAUGGUUCAAUUAUUAAUGUGAACGCCACUUCGAAUUCAGAUCUUUUCGUCGGAUUGAAAGGAGGAGGUAACAACUUCGGUAUCGUAACUCGCUAUGACCUGGAGUCAUUCCCUUUCGAAAAGUUAUGGGGAGGAAUCAUGACCUAUCCAAUCAGCACGGCCAAAGCCCAAAUCAAUUUUUUCACCAAUUUCACCAAUCAUAUAUCGGAUGAUCCAAAGGCUAAUUUUCUUGAUAUAUGGUCCUAUCGACAAGUUUCUGGUUCGCAGAGUAUCCUUAAUGUUAUUGAUUAUGUCGCACCAGUCGAAGCUCCAGCUAUAUACUCCGAUGUAUUGACAAUUCCGAAUUUGAUAUCUAGCACAAUGCGAAUCACGAAUGUGAGUUCAUUGACUGAUGAGCUUGCGGGCGGUACCUCGACUUUGAAUUCUAGGUAUAUUUUCGUCACUACGACCUUUUCGAACAGUGCGGAAAUGUACGAAAGAGCCGUGAAUAUCUCAAACAAGCAUUUGGAACCUUUCAAAAACACUACAGGUCUUGUGUGGUCCAUUCUCUUUCAACCUAUCCCACUUAUGGUCAGUGAAUAUUCAGUAGCAAGUGGUGGAAAUAUUAUGGGUGUGGAUCGAAAUAAAGACAAUUUGACGCUCUUUUUGGUCUAUGUGACUUGGCUUGAAGCUUCGGAUGAUGAAAAGUUCACUGAUGCAGCUUAUGCUACGGUUGAUGAGAUCAAUGCGGUGGCGGGGAAUCUUGGAGUUACAAAUCCUUUUAUCUAUCUCAAUUAUGCAGGCCAAAAGCAAAAUCCAUUGGUGGGGUAUGGUGAGGAGAAUAUUAAGAAGAUGAGAGCCCUGAGUAGGAAGUAUGAUCCUCAAGGAACUUUUCAAAAAUUGGUCCAAGGGGGAUUUAAAAUUCCGGGUAUGGAAAUCGUUAUGGAUUAG